AGUCGAAGAUGGCAGAGCCUGAAAGCACAGUCAUAAACACUGAUGUGAAACAGAAAGACUCCAGUGAGGCACUGGUCAUUGCGGUGACCACCAGAGCCAUCUUCAACCUGGAGGAGGAGCACAAACUGUACCUGGAGAAGGGCAAGCAGGAGUACACAAGGCACCAGCAGGCCAACCAGGACAAGCCCCUGCCACCAGGCACAGCAUUCACCUUCAUCCAGGCAGCACAGUAUGUGAAUGAGAAGAUCCUAGAGAGCAACCCAGCAGAGAAGGACCUCUUUGACAUCUUGGUCCUCUCCAACAACAGCCCGGAGAGUGGCGUGCGCAUCAUCAACAGCGCCAAACACUACGGCCUGGAGAUCUCCAAGUUCUGCUUCGUCAGUGAUGAGGACUCCACACAGUACCUGAAGUCCCACGGGGUCAAGCUCUUCCUCUCGGCUGACAGGAUAGAUGUCUGCAAUGCUCUCCGGAGAGGUGUCUCAGCAGCUCUUGUCUUCCAGCAAGAGGUGCAAGCCCCCAGCACCCCACUCCGCGUGGUGUUCGAUGGGGAUGCCGUGCUCUUCUCCGAUGAGACGGACCAGGUCUUCCAGGAGCAGGGGCUGGAGGGCGCAGUGCAGUAUGAGCAGGCGAUGGAGGCCGUGCCCAUGGGAGAGGGUCCCCUGAAGGCUUUUGCCAUGCACCUUGGGAAGAUACGCAAGAAGUUCAGCCAGGAAAAAUCCCCCAUCCGCACCUACCUGGUGACCGCCCGCAGUGGCCGGGACAUGGGCAUCCGAGCCAUCAAGACACUCCGGGAAUGGGGUCUGGCCAUCGACGAGGCUUUCUUCAUGGAUGGGGCUCCCAAGGGCCCCAUCCUCGCUCAGAUCCAGCCCCACAUUUUCUUUGAUGAUGGUCUUCAUAACAUCCAGGGGGCUCAAGAUGUGGGUGUACCCUCUGCCUGGGUCCCUUCCUGCUGCUGA